GUGCCAGUCUCCUCCUCCAAGAUGAUGAUGGUGGCUCGGGUGAUGCUGAUGAUCCCAGGAAGGAGGGGACAGAUGAUGAUGGUGUUGGUGGCAGCAGGUUGGCUGCUCAGCACCGGGCACUGCACACAUUCACAGGGCUGGAGCCGGCCAUUGCUGGCAGAGGUAUAGCGGAUCGCUGGGUGUCUGCAGGACUUGGGAAGGCUGGGGAAAGCCCUGCAGCAGCAGAUUCUUUCCUCAAUGUCUCCCCUGCGAGGCUGCUUCUCCUCCCCGGUCCAGCUGCGCCCACCACUCAUCCCCAGGCCGUCCCUUUUUGGCCUCCUGCUGUUGGAACUCCUUGUGCUGCUGCUGGAGGAGGAGGAACAGCUGCCUGGGAGCCCCGGGACCAAUAGCCCUGCCUCCUCCUCCAGCAGCCUUGCGGCGGAGCAAGAGAAUGAAAGCACAGGGGGGGGACCAUUCCAUGAUCAACCUGUCAGUACAGCAAGUCCUCAGCCUGUGGGCUCAUGGGACGGUUCUGAAGAGCCUGACCGAGAUGUGGUAUUGGGUUUUCCUAUGGGCUCUUUUCUCCUCUCUCUUUGUCCAUGGAGCAGCGGGAGUUCUGAUGUUUGUCAUGCUGCAGAGACACAAGCAGGGGAGGCUGAUAUCUGUGUUCCUGGGCGUCAUUGGCUUCCUGGCUUCUGUCAUAGGAGCAAUGAUAACUAGUGCUGCAGUGGCUGGAAUUUAUAGAGUAGCAGGAAAAAACAUGGCCCCUCUUGAAGCGCUGGUAUUUGGGAUUGGACAAACAGUAUUGACAGUGAUCAUAUCUUUUUCACGGGUCCUUGCCACCUUAUAAGGAUGGAGGAGUUGUUUUCCAAAGGGAGCUAACAUUUCCCUGUAUCUGUUACAUUGAUAAUUGGAUAAGAAAUGAAGCAACCCACAGGAAAAUGCACACUCUGUACUGCUGCAGUUAGGCCUGCUGCACAUUACUUUCUCCAGUGAUCCUGUAGGCCUUUAGCAGCACUGAACAGUUUGAGAGUCUUCGCUCUCAGAAUUAAUAUGGCUUCUAAUUGCCAAGCUGUUGCACUAAUGAACUGCAUAGCACCUUAUGUGCCUCAGUCAAGGGUGAAGUGUGAUGAAUUUUUCUAUAUUGCUGCAGGAAUGCACACCUUGCAGAGGGAUCUUUGUAGUCCUCUGGUUAUGUCAUCUUGGCACUAGAGCAAUGGAAUUCAGUGCUCUCCUCUUUGGAAAAUAAGCCACUUCAGAAUGUUGGAAUAGCCAAUAGAUGUAUUUGUCGAUAUUAGCAUCUAAAAGUAAAGAAGAGACUAGAAGGUCACUGCUGUAGAAGCUUAGAGCAGUCAAAGUGGAAAUUAUUAUAUGUGCCAAAUGUUUAUUUUUGUGUGUGUGGGUGUGAAUAUGUUUUUUUACUAAAGCUAGUUUGGAAAGUGCUUCUGACUGAAUUGUGUUGAUUGAGGAAAAUAUAUUGCAACAAGCCGUCUUGUUGUCAGUGAGAAAAGCAGUGUUGGGUAUAUAUGUAGGCGUUUGUUAACAAGUAUUAACAUGCUGCUCAGUGAUUAGAGCGAGCGGUAUCAAUUAAACAAUUCUCUAUGUCACUGAGAAACAAUUUUUUGUAUUACAUGGCAUGAUAUUAUUUAAGGAUGUAGGAAGAAUUCAUACAGUUUUUUGCAUGGCCUUAAUUCCUUUGGUUGUGGACGGCAUUAUCUUCUGCUGUCUCAGAUAUCUGUAAAAAUUAUGUUAUAUGGUAUUUCCAUAGACAGAAACGAAUAAAAACAAUGUUAUUUUUUAAUGUA